GAUUCGUUAAAUAUUGAGUAUCGGGAAAUAAGCGAAAGAGAAUACUGCUAAAGAAAGUUCGAAUUUUGUGUACGAUUGAAAUAAAACUAACUGUAGAAAUUUCAAAAUAGAUGUAAGGCUAGGUGAUGCUUCGUAUCUCAGGCUUCUACUCCAAAUAGGGGACGAAUGGUAAAUCUGUAGAUCCAUGUAGUGGGCGGCUGAUGAUGAACAUGGUGGAACCGCACAUAAAAAAAUUAAAGAUAAAGAACCGAUAACAAGUCGGAACAUAGAAUUUUGUAGAUUGUCUGGAAACGAAGAAAAUGAUGUAUUGGAGAACUUUAUUAUUGUUACUGAUAAUUGCGCUCUCAUCGGCUGAAGAUUAUUAUGAGCUAUUGGGUAUUAAAAGAGAUGCUAAUGAAAGAGAAAUAAGAAAAGCAUUUAAAAAACUAGCUGUUACUCAUCAUCCUGAUAAAAAUAAAGAUGAUCCUAAAGCACACGAAAGAUUUGUAAAGCUUACGACAGUGUAUGAAGUUUUAAAAGAUCCUGAUUUAAAAAAGAAAUAUGAUCUUUAUGGCGAAGAGGGUCUCGAUGGCACAAAUAAACAAAGACAGUACCAUUCCUGGAAUUAUUAUCAAAAUAAUUUUGGUAUUUAUGAUGAUGAUCCUGAAGUGAUAACUCUGAACAGAAAUGAUUAUUUUGACAGUGUCACCAAUUCUGAAAAAAUGUGGCUGGUCAAUUUUUAUUCUCCAAUGUGUAGUCACUGUCAUACUUUAGCACCAGUUUGGCGAAAGAUUGCUAAAGAUUUAGAAGGAGUAAUAAGGGUUGGAGCUGUGAAUUGCGAGGACGACUGGAAUAUUUGUAGUCAAGUUGGCAUACGCUCGUAUCCUACCAUUCUUCAUUACCCAAAGAAUUCGCAACAUGGUAUUAGAUAUACCAAUGAGAAAACUCAUUCAGCUAUCAUGCGCUUUGUUUUGGACAGACUAGAAGCUAAUAUUCGAGAAAUAAAUAACAAUGUUUGGAACGUUCUUUUACGUGGAACAGAAAAAACCAAUCGACCAACUCUUAUAUUUACCUGUGGCACUCAACGGAAUUGUUACACACCUGAUGAGCGGUUAAAAAUAGCUGCAAUAUUUGACAAGAUGAUAAAUGUACGAAUAUUCUUAUGCGAAGAGGACCAUUGCGAAGAUACACUUUCGCAGGACACCGCUGCUGUUUACUUACCAGUGAACAGUGACAAUUCCUGGACCCCGGUAUUCCUCGAUUACGAGGACGAUGUCAAUACUCUUGUUCAAAAAGUCUUAGAGCAAUUACCAGAACCUCAAGAUGUCAGUAGCGAUGAAUUCCAGGAUAUUAAAAAACGUCUUGAAUCUGAGUCAGAUGUUGGCUGGCUCAUUUGCUUUUAUAUUGGCCACGCGACCGAAUUAGAUUUGCAAUUAAAAAAACUUCCCAGUAUCGUGCACGAUAUCAAUUUAGGCAAAAUACAUUGUGGUAGAUAUUCAGAUCUUUGCAACGAUCUCAAUGUAAACCACUAUCCGAUGUGGGGUGUACUUAAGCCAGGUGGAGCUUUUGAAUUAAGUCAUGGAAAAAAUACAAUUAAUGAUAUUGCAAAAUUUGCCGAACACAGUAUAAAAGCAAAGAAUGUUUGGGCUUUGUCAGCAGAAAAGAUAGUCUCUAUCUUAAAAAGAAAUAAUGGUAAUGAAGCAUGGUUUGUAGACUGGUACGCACCAUGGUGUCCACCUUGUUUAAAGUUUCUACCAGAACUACGGAAAGCUUCUUUAGAAUUUGACCCAUCUGUCAUCCAUUUUGGUACUGUAGACUGUACAGUUCACUCUGGAAUAUGUCGACAAUACAAUAUACGUUCUUAUCCAACGGCCAUGUUAAUAAACGGCAGUAACACGCAUCAAUUUACCGUGGAAAAAACGGCGCCAAAUAUUAUACAAUUUAUUAACGAGGCAAGAAAUCCUUCAGUGUUAAGCCUAACGUCCAAAAACUUUAACCAAAGACUUGGUAAGAAGAAAGCAAAGUUGCUAUGGGUAGUCGAUUACUUUGCUCCUUGGUGUGGUCCAUGCCAACAAUUUGCUCCAGAAUGGACAUCAGUGGCAAAGUCAUUGCGUGCCUUAUCCUUUGUUAAAAUUGCCAGUGUUGACUGCGAAGCAGAAUCUGCACUGUGUGGGUCCCAGGGUAUUCGUAGUUAUCCAACAAUUAGAUUAUAUCCAAUUGGUAGCGAAGGAUUGAGUACAGUGGCAUUAUACAGCGGAGCAAGAGAUGCACUGUCAGUCCUAAGAUGGAUUGUACAAUUUUUCCCAGUGAAGGUUGAGAACUUGAAUCCAACCACCUUUGAAUCUGAAGUCCUAAAUGGUGACGACGUAUGGCUUGUUGAUUUCUUUGCUCCUUGGUGCGGCCAUUGCCAAGUGCUAGAGCCUCAUUUUGCUGUUGCUGCUCAGCUACUCGAGGGAAAAGUUCGAUUUGCACGUGUUAAUUGUGACAAUUACAGGCAGCAUUGUGGGCGCUCUGGGGUACGUGCAUACCCCACUUUAAUGAUUUAUAGCCCAAAUCAGAAUCGUCAUCAUAAUAUUUAUGAAGGCCAACGAAUCGAAGGAACCACAGUAGACACUAUAAAGGACGAAGUAUUAUUAUUCUUAAAAUCCCUAAGUAAUCGAAACCGCGAUGAGCUUUGAUGAUAAAUUCCUUAGGUGCCUUAAUUCACGAUAAAAAUGUUCCACGUCAUUUUUUACUUUACUUUUUUUUAGCGUCUUUCAAUUUACACACGAUACUGUAUAAGAUCUGAAUUUGCGUCGUAUAAUAGUGCACAGCGAUCUGACUUUCCAUAAAAAUUGAUAAGUUUAAGUUUAACAUAUCA